CCAACAUUUUAAGGAACCAUCAAUGGCCCUUUUAUUUCCAAAAAGAAUCACAGAUAUUUUCAUCAUAUAAAAACUGUAAACCACAAAAGUGUCCAGUUCAGCUAGGACUGUUUAGAUUUCCGCCGGGUAAUUAUCGGCCAAUAAAGAUUUCUCAUUCAUUUUCCAUUUUCCACCCACUUUUUUUGUCACAAACUGAAAACUGAAACACCCGAAACCAAAGCUCUCUCUCCAUUCACGUUGCCAAUUCUCAAUCUCUUUAUAUAUAUCUGCUAAGCCUUAACAAACACGAUCAGAGCUCUCUCUCUCUUUCAUGGACAUAUUUUUUUCAUUCAUUCAGUUCUGUAGAAUUUUACAAAUAAUCAAAACUUUUUGAGUCAAAACCAAAAUUUUGAUUAGAAAAGACAAACUUUUUGGAGUCAAAAUCAGAGUUUUGCAUAAUGGGGUUUGAAGCAGGGUCUUCCUCUAAUGCAUUGAAAGCUCCAUCACCACCCAGAGAAGACACACCUCUUCUUGGUCACUCCCCAGAAGCUUUGUCCUCACAAGCCAAGACCUUUGCCAAUGUUUUCAUUGCCAUUGUUGGUGCUGGUGUUUUAGGCCUUCCCUAUUCUUUCAAGCGCACAGGUUGGGUCAUGAACCUUCUCAUGAUUUUCUCUGUGGCUGCUCUAACUCACUAUUGCAUGAUGCUCUUGGUCUACACUCGCCGGAAGCUUGAAUCUUCUAAUGGAUUCUCAAAGAUUGCAUCUUUUGGAGAUUUGGGGUUCACUGUUUGUGGCCCAACUGGUAGAUUCCUUGUUGAUAUUCUGAUUAUUUUAUCACAAGCUGGCUUUUGUGUUGGUUAUUUGAUUUUCAUUGGCAAUACUUUGGUUGAUGUUGGUAAUUUGAGCACCAGUAUUCUGGGAUUGACACCCAAGAGUUUUUACAUAUGGGGGUGCUUGCCUUUUCAGUUGGGGUUGAAUUCAAUUGCAAGUUUGACCCAUUUAGCCCCUUUGAGUAUUUUUGCUGAUGUGGUUGAUCUUGGAGCAAUUGGGGUGGUGAUGGUUGAGGAUGUGUUGGUUUUUUUGAAACAGAGCCAUGCUGUGAAGGCCUUUGGGGGUGUUUCUGUGUUCUUUUAUGGAAUGGGUGUGGCUGUUUAUUCAUUUGAAGGGGUUGGGAUGGCUUUGCCUUUGGAGUCAGAGAUGAAAGAUAAGGACAAGUUUGGGAAAGUCUUGGCCUUGACCAUGGCUUUCAUUGCCUUGAUGUAUGGGGGAUUUGGAGCAUUCGGUUACUUUGCUUUUGGAGAAGAUACAAAGGAUAUGAUCACAGCUAAUUUGGGUGGAGGCUUUGUGAGCACUCUCGUUAAACUUGGUCUUUGUGUGAAUUUGUUCUUUACAUUGCCUAUAAUGAUGAACCCAGUUUAUGAGAUUGUUGAGAGGCGGUUUUGGGGUGGGACUUACUGCCUGUGGCUGAGAUGGUUGCUGGUUGUAUUGGUGAGUUUGGUGGCUUUGUCUGUCCCAAAUUUUGCUGACUUCUUGUCUUUGGUGGGGAGUGGUGUAUGCUGUGCUUUGGGCUUUGUUUUGCCUCCCAUGUUUCACUUAAAGGUGUUUAGGAGCGAGAUAGGAUGGAAAGGGUGGACUUUGGAUGUGGGGAUUAUGUUGUUAGGAAUUGUUCUUGGGGUUUCAGGAACUUGGUUUGCUCUGCUGGAGAUUUUCUUCCAAACUGAAUGAUUUCAAAUUGAGUGUACUAUGAAUGGUAGUGUAGAGUGAACUAUGAACCACGUUACCAAUGUUGGUAAGAAAUGGCAUUAUUGUCAUAAAAAAAUGCAGGUACAAUAUUACAAUCUUACA